CACUUGCAAACAGCAAGUCGUCAACUUAAUGCAAAAGUGAUAUAUUUUGCCAACUUUCCCUCUUCCCCAACAUCAAAAACACACGGUGGCUAUCAGACAACAGAACAUAAUAGAAAACGGCAUUAUUCCAACAAUACUCAUAACCUAGGCCUGCCAUUGAAACUAUGGGAAGCCACAUUUGUUGAUAUGACGUAGCCUGAUAAUAGGUACCGAUAAGGGAAGAAACUGAUGACGUGGACCAAUUGAAAGCAUCCUAGAGUUAGGCUCAUAACGGUUUGUGCCGGACACCCCGACAGAGUUCCCGUCGUCAGUCGUCUCGUACUGACUGGUGAGAAGAUCGUGAGCUGUGGUGGGCACGGCACGACACGACACGACACGACACGACCUGACUGUGGUUUGGACAGACUGAACCGUGCUCUACCAGUGUUUGCUAGCGUUGUCAGACGAUUCGAACACGACAAAAUGCUGUGGAAACUUUUGCUGGCCACUUUGGUGAUGUGCGUCGCCAUCCGGGAGACGAUCGGUCGUCCCGACCCAGGUCAAGGACCACCCGCUGGCCGAGGGCGACCCUUUUCUGGCCGAGGGCGACCCUUUCCAGGCCGAGGGCGACCUGAUCGACCACCCGGCCAAGCUCGUAAGGGCUGCUGGUACAAUGACGUCUUCAUUCCGGUGGGGAAAAAGCACAAGCCGGACGACUGCACGACCUGCACCUGUGAAGCCGCCGGAGCGGAACCGGAGUGUGUGGCCAUUGCCUGCAUAGCUUUGUACUGCCCCAACCCCGAGUACAUCCCGGGACAGUGCUGUCCGGUCUGUCCACCCGGAUGCAUGUACGGGGACGUCUUCAUCGCUGUGGGGACCACUUAUCAGCCGGAUCCCUGCACGUGGUGUUCCUGUCAAGAAGACGGAGGAGAGGUGGCGUGCGCCGUCGUGGACUGCGCGCGUCCGCUGUGCCCCGAACCCGAGUACAUCCCGGAUCGGUGCUGCCCGGUCUGCCCACCCGGUUGCAUGUACGGGGACGUCUUCAUUGCUGUGGGAGACACUUAUCAGCCGGAUCCCUGCACGUGGUGUACCUGUGAAGCCGACGGAGCCGAACCGCAGUGUUUGGCCAUUGCCUGCGCCUUUCCACUCUGUCCUGAACCCGAGUACAUCCCGGAUCAGUGCUGUCCGGUCUGCCCGCCCGGGUGCAUGUACGGGGACGUCUUCAUUGCUCCUGGAAACACUUAUCAGCCGGAUCCCUGCACGUGGUGUUACUGUCCAGAAGACGGAGGACCGGUAGCGUGUGCCGUCGCGGACUGCGCCUUUCCACCCUGCUCCAACCUGGUGUACCUGCCGGAUCAGUGCUGCCCUGUCUGCCAGGACAUCGGCUGUCAGCACGCUGACGGCAUCAUCCUGCCGGGCGAAGAUUACAAGCCGAAUCCCUGUGAGGGGUGCACCUGUCCAGAAGCCGGACAGGACCCGUUGUGCUACGCGAUGGCCUGCUUGGAACCGGACUGUGAGCAGCCCGUGCAGGUCGCAGGACAGUGCUGUCCAGUGUGUGACGCUCCGGACGGCUGUCUGCAAGACAACAACGUCAUCAUUCCCGUGGGAGCCGAGAUUCCGCAACAGGAUCCCUGCGUGGUGUGUACGUGUCCCUUUGCCGGAGGGACUCCUACCUGCUCGAUCAUAGCCUGCCCGGCUGUGAGCUGCGACAACCCCGUACAGAUCGCGGGGCAAUGCUGCCCGCUCUGCAACAUGUAGAAUCAUCUCAGCCUCAGCCAGAGGAAGGCAAGUGAGAAAUUACUUGGGAAGAUGGCGGUCUGCCUGGAACGACAGCGGCAAGUUGUCAGAAUUUCCCAGAAUAAAAUUAUCAGCCUCAGC